AUGCAAUCUUUAAAUAGAUCGAUUUUAAGAUCUGUGUUCAACAGUCAGAAUAGAAAUGCCAAUUCUGUGAGGUCAACUUCGAAUUUGAUUUUCAAGUCAUCAUCAUCAGGUUCAACAAUGUUGUUCUCAAACAAUUUGGUUUCCAAAAGUGGAAUCAAGAUUAGAAAUUACUCUACACCAAGCAACAACAACAACACAAUCAUUGAAAAUCCAAUAAAUACAUCAGGAAUCAAUUCCACUUCCGAUAUCAAUGUCUCACCGAAUCUCGUAGAGAUGGUAGAAUCUUUACCACCACCACCCAACCCAAUCGUAGAGGCAAUCGGAAAUUUCAAUAACUCAAUCAUAGAGUCUUUCAAUCAGUUCUCUGUGAACACCGGUAUCCCCUGGUGGCUUUGCAUUGUCGGUGCAACCGUCGCACUUCGUUUCGUCAUCCUUCCAUUCACCGUCAAAACUCAACGUAGUCAGGUCAAGAUGCAAAAGGUUCGUGAAGAGAUGGAGAAAAACGCCCACCUCAACGAUGGAACCAUGGAAGGUAGAAUGAAAAUGGCUUCACUCCAAUCGGAACUCUCAAAGAAACACGGUGUCUCUGCACUCUCAAUGAUGGGACUCGGUUUGGCACAAGCUCCAUUCUAUAUUUAUUUCUUUGUUCUCGUUAGAUCUGCAUGUAUGGAUUUCCCACAAUAUGUAUCGAAUGGUGGUGCACUAUGGUUUAAAGAUCUCUCUGUUAUGGAUCCAACCUAUAUCUUACCUGUGGCAUCUUCAUUUUUGCAGUUGCAAAGUGUCAGAAUGAGUUUUAACGAAACAACACCAUUGAUUAUGAAGAUUAUUUUCAAUGGUCUAUGCUUUGUGCCAUUGUUUUUCACUUUGAAGUUCGCAGCAGGUCUUAAUGUAUACUGGUGUAUCAAUUCAUUAUUGUUCGUCAUUCAAAACUAUUUAUUCAAACAAAAUUCAGUCAAGAAAUUCUUUAACAUUCCAAUCGUCGAGGAAUCUGCAAAGAAAACAAUCCAAUUUGCACCAAAGACCGCAGUCACUCUUCCAGAGGAUAUGAUCAAGGCUCAAAACGCAGAGAAACAAAAGAAGAUCGAAAAAUUGAAGCAUGAAAUCAGUACCAUCAGACAAGCAAAACAGAAAGCAAUGGAUGAGAAUUUCGGUGGAAGAAGAAAAUAA